AUGGCAGCAUCCAGCCCUAGCAGCCUAUCAGGUUAUUUUACAGCCCCAGUGAGUGGUACAUACUCCUUCAGCGCUAUCCUGACAGGCCAUAAGAAUGUGAAGAUUGAGGCUGUCCUAUCUAAGUCUAACUACGGAGUGGCGCGUGGGGACUCUGCAGGCUACCAACCAGAGGGACUGGAGAAACCCAUGGCGGAGGCCAGACUCACGCCUGGAGCCCUGGCUGUCUUCAACAUCAUCCUCCCUAUGAAGGUGGGAGAUACCGUCUGCAUCGACCUGGUCACCGGGGAACUGGCCCACUCUUCUGAACCCCUCACAAUCUUCAGCGGGAUGCUGCUGUAUGAGACCGUCUGA